CCGAUUGUUCUGCGUGUGUAGAUUACCAGCAUUGACCGUUGGUGGAUAACAUGAAAGCAUCGCUGAAGGCCGAUAUUGACGUUUCACAGAUUAAUAAGUAUCUUAAAGCAUAUAUAAAACAGGAGAUCAAUACAGAAAUACGCACUAUAAUGAAAGAUGUUAUUGAAGAAAUAAUAGAAAACAAAACUAGCAGCUUGAAGGAAGAAAAUGUAUCAUUGCAGCAGGGAAAAAGGUUCAAUGAAUCCUGCUCAUCAACACGAGAAUGUAAAGAAACGUUAACCUGUGAAAAUCGUUAUUGUCAAUGCAGCGGUACAGAACACUGGAAUGGAAUGCAAUGCUUAGGAAAUUCUGAAGGUGUCCAAUUUACAAUUGUGUUUACAGAAAAGGGUCACAUUCAUGAAACCAAACUAUUAGUAGCUUCGAAAAAUGGUGGAUGGUUAUCUCGGUACACAUUUUUUGAUAAUACUAAUAAAACAACCAGAUUUACCAAUACUCAGUACUCAUUUGAUCUACCUAUUGACAACAUUAUCAUUAGCGAGGGCAUUGAAAAGGUAGGCAUGGAAGUGCAAUCGUCCAUUCCGAUUUCUCUUUAUUGAAUACAAGAUUAUGAUAACGGCCAUGCAACAGAAGCAUAUAUGGCAAUUCCGAAUAGAUACUUGUCGACAAAUUAUCUUCUUCCGUCCUUUAAAGUAUACAGCAGUAGUGCUAACAGCGCUUUGACGAUUACUACAACUGAAGACAGAACUACAGUGAAAAUAAACUUACGAAUGGAGAAAGGACCGUUGCAGUAUAAAAAUGUAAAUUACAACAACAAUGAUGUGAUUUCUUUGGUGUUGAAUAGGUUUCAUUCGUUUAAGCUUUCCCAUUCGUCAGACCUAUCGGGAACGACCAUACAAGCUACAAAACCAGUAAGUGUGUUGACAAGCAGUAUUCACAAUCAAGUCACAGGAAACGACAAUCUGAAUGAACUUUUAGAAAUGGUCCUUCCAUUGAAUCAAAUAGAUAACUUUUACGUAAUACCUGAAAUAGUCACACGUCCUUCUAGUACUGUUCGUGUGUAUUGCCCAAAGGAAACGACCUUGAGUCUACAUGAUGGCAAUAAUCGUCUGACACGGCAUGUAGAUGAACGAAAGUUUAUUGAUUUUACUCAUAGAAAAAUAUCGUAUAUCCAUGAUAAUCGUGAUUUUCUGGUAAUGAUUAUACCCCAUGAACUUCCAAAAGGUACAGGUACUGUUUUCAUGAUGACGAUUCAUGGCGUGAACCAGUACAUGUCUAACUAUGAUUUUGCAGUACCUGCUAUCGAUGAUUUGAAAAGUCAUAUUACAGUGUGUGUAAAGUCGAGUGCUCUCGAUGGAUUUACACUCGAUGGUCAGCUGACUACAAUAGAUGGUGCUUAUAAUAUUUCUAACGGGACCGAUCAUUAUAGUACAUUUAGUUUACCAAUUUCUCCUGGGCAACAUUAUAUGAAUCAUACAGGUGGCACUCGAUUUGGUCUUUGGGUUUACGGUGAAAACACACUACAUGAUGCUUAUGGAUACCCGGCUGGCAUAGCAUUUAAAACAAACAGAUAACUAUUUUGUAUAUAUCACAAAAUUCAAACUCCACUAUACAAAAGUGAUAUAAUUUAACCGCCGCCACGAAAAGGGGUGGGGUGCUUAUACUGAUUGACAUACCCAUCAAAUAAGAAAUUAAAGAGGUUAAUUAUGAAACGAUACAUAUAGAUGUCUUUUUUAUUUCUAUAAACACUUUCAUUUUAUUAAUUAUUCGAUAAAAUGAAUUCACACAAUAAUAAAACAUGAUUAGCGAUUGUAAAACUAAAAAUAAUCUAGGUAACAGAUUUUUCAAUCAUUUUUGUUGAUGUUACCCAUUCAAUCAUUCGAGUGGAUAAUGAUGACAUUGCGAAUAGUUAAUAAGAUCCAAGGCUUAUUGAAAACAGAUGAUAUUCAUUGUAUAGUCCACAUAUCACACAAGGAACUAAUUGCCAUUCUUCUUUUUCUACACUCUAGUAAAUGUGCCGUUGGAAAUACCCUUUGUGUAUCGAUGACACAUUGUCGUAAGUUUUGCUGCUGCUGCUGCUGCUGCUGCUGCUGCUGACGAUGACGAUGACGAAGGAUGGCUGUUUAAAGUGCAUUGUCAAAUUAAAUUACAUAUCCUAUACGAGAACAUGAUGAUGAUGAUGGUGAUGAUGAUGAUGACGAUGACGAUGACGACGACGACGGAUGGCUGUUUAAAGUGCAGUGACAAAUUAAAAUACAUAUCCUAUACGAGAACAUGUUUAUGUAAUGAAAUUGGUGCUAAACUGAAAUAUAAAGGCGGAUUUUUUUAACGUGCUAGUAAACAGUGCACAGAAAUAUCAUCCUACACGGGAUGUGUAAUUCUGACUCUGGUCAAACCAGUCGUUUAUUUCUACUCCUAUUUUUUACUUUGUAUUGACUGCCUCCAAUACGCAGGUUAUAAAUCAAAACCAAUCGCAUCAUUGUUACAUAGCUUACAUUUUUUUUUAAAUCAAGAUAAAACAAUUUAUAGAUGAUACAUUAACUGACUGUAGGUAUACGUUGGGACAGUUGCUUGGAACGACUCGUCGGUGUCGCUCAUCCCAAUGCUCAGUGGAAUACUAUUUCAGGUUUAAAUUGUACGAGGGAAAUGACUGUUCACGUAUUUAUACUUACUCAUAAAUACAUCUUGCUUAGCGACGAAGCAGCAAAUACCAUUGUGUGUGUGUUUUUUGUUUGAUCCGACUGCGGAUGGAACGCACGACCUCCAGUAUUCGAUGCGCAAAAGCUUCCACAAAUUCACGUAGGCGGUUUCAUGAGGUUUGAAGCACAUAAUUUAAAACAUUUCGAUACUGUUGGGUAUAUAUAUACGCCUAUGUAUAUA